AUGUCUGCAAUAAGGCGACGAAAAGUUGCCGUAAUUGGAGGUGGGCCUGCGGGCAUGGCCACCUGCAGAUUCCUUGAUGACUUUGGUCACAGUCCCACUGUGUUUGAAGCUGGAGAUGAGAGUGGCGGGAUCUGGGCACCACGACCAAUAAACCACGUCGUGUACCAAGGCCUGGUAACCAACAUUCCUACGAUGUGCAUGCAAUCAUUUGAUUUGGAUUUUCCCAAGGGCCUCAACAGCUAUGUCACCGGUCCCGAGCUGGGCGGAUACCUCAUACAGUAUACUGACCACUUCAACUUGAGACGUUUUGUACGAUUUGGUUCAGCUGUGAAGGCCGUUCAGGCGCUGAAUUCAACGGAAGAAGAUCUGGCUUGGAAAGUUUCAUGGGAAACUGCAGACUCCACUGUCAGCACUGAAUUGUUCGAUGCUGUGGUUGUAGCAACGGGUCACUAUGAGUUCCCAUACACACCUGAAGUUCCAGGACAGCGUGCUUGGCUAGCAGCAUCUAGCCACCGACAAGUUGUGCAUGCUAUCUCUUACGACGAUCCAAAUCUCUUCGUGGGCCAGUCGGUCUUGGUGGUCGGCGGACGAUCUUCUGCAGUCGAUAUUGCGCGAGAGUUGCGCGGCAAAGCUUCAUAUCUUUACGUACUGGACAAAGGGUGCCAGACGUUCGAGACGGUUGGGAACUGCUCCCAUGUUCCCUUCGGAGCAACACUAUCUGAGGAUGGGCUGCUGGUGUUGGAUGGCAAUACUCUUUCAGGAAAGCCAGUGGACACGAUCAUCCUUGCUACAGGUUACACAUACCAAUAUCCCUUCCUUGACGAGGAAGAGCUAACCUUUGGGCCUGAGAGGCGCUUCGUGGCCCCUCUGUACCAGCACAUUGUGCACGCAAAAAUACCAAGCCUGUGCUUCAUCGGCAUUCCGCUAGCCGUGCCUUGUCCUCUUCCUCUCUUCGAGGCGCAGGCAUACUUUGUGGCGUCGCAUCUCCGCAGCUCAUGGACAAGUGAGGAGGGACGUUUGCAAUGGGUGGACGCAUGCUUCCAAGCGGUGGCAAACAGUCAAAACUUGCAUUUCCUCUCCGGGCAGGCAUGGGACUACAUGCAAGGUCUUCUGAAAGAAGCCGGAAUGAGUGUGGAGGAUCACGAGAAAUACGUAAGGCGACUCUGCCUGAUUCGUGCCGUUUACCAGGAUCGCGUUGAGCGAAGACCAGACAAACCCUGGGACGAUGAUUCCUACAGACGCUGCCAAUAUGAAGUGGACUAUGACCAGGACUGCUUUCAGGUAGUUGCGCCGGAUGGCUCCGUUUGUUCUGGUACGUCUUCGAAGAUGUAG